AAUCGGCGUUGCCACUCCGCUCGCACACGUGUUGAGCGCAUAAACAAAUUCUUGAUUAGAAUUCAGUUCAAUUCUCCGACAAACAAUUACCAGAAUUUGCUGCCAUGCCGCCGGACAUCGAGAUCAUAGUGGGCACCUACGAGGAGUACCUGCUGGGCUACCAGCUCAUCGAAUCGUCGGAUGACGGCGAUGCCGGAAAAUUGCAGCUGAAACAGACUUUUGCGGACAGAUCCCAUGCAGGAUCCAUUAAAUCGGUGGCCGUGCAGGGACCUUGGGUGGCCAGUGGCGGCAGCGAUGACAGGAUCUUCGUGUACGACAUGCGCACGCGGAAACAGUGCCAGAUCCUACUCUCCCACACCGGCACAGUGAACACACUGCAAUUCUCGCCGGACCUGACGCACUUGCUCUCCGGGAGCACCGAUGGCCAUAUGAUCGCCACACGCGUUGGCAGCUGGACCAGGGAGGGCGAUUGGAAGAAGGCCCAUGCCGGCCAGGCCGUCACCCACAUAAGUAUCCAUCCCAGCAGCAAGUUGGCCUUAUCAUUGGGCGGCGACCAGGUGCUGAACACCUGGAAUCUGGUCAAGGGCCGCGUCGCCUACAAGACCAAUUUGAAGAGCAAGACGACGCUGGGCAGCCAACCGGACUGCCUGUCGUGGUCCACGCAGGGCGAACACUUCACACUGAGCGGUCCCUUGAUCCUGGAGAUCUGGGACAUUAAGAGUGCGCAUGUGAUGCGUCGCAUCAAGAUGCCGGCAAAGCCCAUUUGCGUCACAUGGCUGGACGGGAACGAGUGCCUGACUGGCCUGGAGAACGGUAGCAUUGCCUGGGUUUCCCUCAAGGACGAAGAUGAUACUCCACCCACCAUCAUUCCUGCACACGAGGCGAGGGUCAAGGUCAUCGCCUAUCUGAACGAAUCACUGGCCACCGUCUCCAGCGCUGGUGAGAUUAAAGUCUGGAAGGUCGACAAGGAAACGCGCAAGCUGGAGGAGAUUGCCAGCACCAACAUGGACUGCCGACCCACAGGCUUGGGUCUGCUGGAUUUUAGCCAGUUUGGCAAUGUCCGACCGGUGGAACAGCGCAUCAAAGUGGAGAAGAAACCAAAGGCGAAAUCGGAGCCUGGCCAAAGUGCCAAGCCAGCGGGAUCGCGGGGAUUCGUGACCAUCGAGUACGAGCAGGAUGAGAAGCUGGAGGCCGAGAAGGAGGAUGAUGAGGAGGAGGAGGAGAAGGAGGCAGUAACCACUCCCAAGACGAAGCAAAAGAAGAAACAGGCAAAGAAGGCGCCGCUGGAACCCGAGGAAUCCUCCGAAGAAAGCAACUCAUCGGAGGAGGAGAGCGAGGACUUCUCCGACAGCGACAGUGACGGCUCCAGUGAUGGCGGCCACCGGAAAAGGAAGCCAAGGAAGCGCAAACAGCCACCGACGCCAGCGUCAAAACGAAAAGUGAAGCAGCAGAAAAAUAAGUAAUCUUUACUAGCUUCAAUUCUACUUUAUGUUAUGACUAUCAAUAAAUGUUGAGUUAAUCUA